CGCCGUCUGCCGCGGCGAUGGCGGUGCUGCGGCUCUUCGACAAGCUCCCGGCGCUCAACUCCGGCGUCCUCCUGCUCGUGGGCUCGGACGAGGCGCUGCAGCGGCAGCUGGCGGAGGCGAUCCUGCAGGAGAGCAAGGACUUCAACAUCAGCAUUCACCUUGCUACAUCCCUCCCCUUACCUUCUGAGAGGGAUCAUCUCCGACCCAGGAUAGAUCUGGUUGUGUUUAUGAUUGACAUCAAGAGCAAGUACAGCUUGAAGAAUGUUGAAACUUCCCUAGCCCAUGUGGAUGCCAGUUUCUUCCUGGGGAAAGUGUGCUUUCUUGUCACUGGGGUUGGCAGGGUGAAUGCUUGCAGCAUUGAGACCAAUGCUCUCUCUAAAUUAGGAGAAGCCUACUGCAGUCCUGUGCUAUUCUGUGAGCUGGAGUUGGAAGGCAUUCGAGUUGCCACUGCUCAACGACUUGUGCGAAUGUUAGGAAUCUGUGCCGGUCACAUACCAGGAGUUUCUGCCUUGUCCUUUGUCUCGCUGAUGAGGAAGUCUGAUGAUGAUUAGCUUCUCAUUGUGAUACUUCACACAUGUUCAUCAGGUUUUUUUCACUUCAGGCAUUCAAGCUGCUGCAGUUGGAAUCGCAUUGGGAAGCUUUUUUUGAGUGACUUGUCAUGGCCACUCAUCCAGAACUGUUCCUAGUUGUUUACUUCUCAUAAAAGUUUGAUUCCUAUUCA